AUGGUWCCCACAGGAGGCCACCACCCCAUGCAGGAGGGAGAGGUGUUCAACACGCGAUACCAGGUGCUGCAUGAGUUGGGCUGCGGUGCCUUUGCCACUGUCUGGCUGUGCCAGGACAUGAGGAGGAAGAAACAGGUAGCUGUGAAGGUCCUGAAAAGCAGGGAAGGCUUUGCUGAGACUGCCCAGGACGAGGUUGCUUUCCUUCACUGUGUGAGAUGCAUGAAGAAGAAGGACCGGGCAGGAGAAAACAUUGUCUGUUUGUUAGAUGACUUCAGAAUGAUUGGAGAGAACGGUUUCCAUGCGUGCCUAGUAUUUGAGGCGCUGGGUCCUUCCCUGCGAUGUCUGAUGGGAAACUACACAGCCCAGGGCUUGCCUUUGCCUUUUGUGAGAAAGUCUUUACAGCAGGUGCUGGCAGGGCUGCACUUCCUGCACAAGCGCUGCCGCAUCAUCCACACGGACAUCAAACCAGAGAACAUCCUGCUCUAUGGAUGCAGCAAAGGGCUUCUCAUGGAUACACUCAACUGCAACCAGGGAACAGAACUGAGGCUAAAGGGAGCAGGUGAUGAUCUUGCCAAUCAAUUGGAAGAAUCUGCUUUAAUGAGUAUAGAAGUGAAAAUUGCAGAUCUAGGAAGCGCAUGCUGGACAUACAAGCCUUUUUCUAAGGAGAUCCAGACCCAGCCAUAUCGUGCCCUGGAAGUGCUUCUUGGAUUAGACUACGGCACUCCUGCGGAUAUCUGGAGUAUGGCMUGCCUGGCAUUUGAAAUGGCAACUGGGGAGCGUCUAUUUGAUCCUCAACCUGGGAAAUACUUCUCCAGAGAUGAUGAUCAUGUUGCUUGUAUUAUUGAACUCUUGGGAAGAAUUCCUCCUCAAAUUGUUAUCUCGUGGAACAAGUCAACAAAAUUUUUCAGCAGGCCAGGCGCGCUCCUGCGGCUCUCCCGGCUCUCCCCCCGCAGCCUCCCCGGCAUCCUGGCGGACCGGCACGGCUGGACACCCCGGGAGGCGGCCGCCUUCGCCGCCUUCCUGCUGCCCGCGCUGCACUACACGCCCGAGCGCCGCGCCAGCGCCGCGCAGAGCCUGCGGCACGCCUGGAUCACCGCACCGUGACCGGACCCAGCUCUCCCCGCCCCGCCGCCGCACCGCCCUCCCGCGGGGGCGGCGGGGCCGCURCCCGCCCGCAACUCCCGGUGCGCCUCCUCUGCAGUCCCCGGCGUGAUCCGGCGGCUCCCUUCGCGUCCCGGCUCCACUCCCUUCCUCCCGUGUCCCUGCAGCGCUGCGGACACACGCAUCGCUCACUGCGAGCGGCCGCAGACGCGGCACACGGACACCGGAACCGGGCGGAGCCCCUCGGCUCGMGCGCGGGCACCGACGGCCACGGGGCCCCUUCUGCCCGGCGUGGCCGCCCCUCCUCCCGCGGAAGGGCCGUCCCUCCGCCUCACUGCCCCGCGGCCUUUGUUCGGGGCCCAGGGGCGGGGAGCGGCCAGCUCUAGGUGCGGGAGCCGCACGGGCCCGGCCC